AUGUUCCUCCAACCUGAUUGGCUAUUUGUUUCAACAGACACCACACGCAAACCCGAGGCAAAUGAGCGCAAUGGGGAGCACUACUAUUUUGUGCAGGAGGAAGAGAUGGCGGCAGACAUUGUGAGCAGGGAGUUUCUCGAGUACGGCCAACGCAAGAACAUCCUCUUCGGUAUUCGACUGGACAGUGUUCGGGAUGUCAUAGCAACUGGACGAAUGCCGGUGUUAGAUGUGGAACCGCGGGCUUUGCGAAUCCUUCGAUCAGCGGAGUUUGCACCGUUGGUGGUGCUAUUGGUGCCACCGCCGUUAAGUCGACUGUUGAGUCAGGAUGGACAGCAUGACAUGCUGGACGGGAGUCUGACACAGCUAGUGCAAGAAAGCGAGGUACUGGAAUACGUCUACCGACCCUACGUUGAUCGAGUCGUGGUCCACCGAGCCGUGGAGGAGAGUGUGGAUGAGGUCGUUGAGUUGGUGAAUGACUCUCGCCUCGAGCGGUGGGUGCCCAUUGGAUGGACAUGCUGA